CCGCGGGAAUGCGCAGGCGCCAGUGCUCGCCUCCGCCUUUCCGGCUGCUUGUUUGUUGUUCUGGCGAAGGAAGGAGGCGGCGGCGACGGCGGCGGCGGCUGUGACAGCAGCAGCAGCAGCGGGAGCAGCCCGGCCCGAGCGCGCCUCACCUUCCCCGGCCUCUGCCUCCCCUGAGCUCCUCGCCCUCAGGGGUCCGGGCUCGCUCAGCAUCUGUCAAAAUGUCUGAAAACUCCAGUGACAGUGAUUCAUCUUGUGGCUGGACGGUCAUCAAUCAUGAGGGCUCUGAUGUUGAGGCUGUGGCAUCUGAAUAUGAAGCUUUAAGUGGUCAUGUGGAGCCGGCCUUGGAUGAAUCUCUAUCUCUCGCACAAGGUGGUGAUGGGCAAGAGCAGCCCAUCGACAUGCAAGCUGAAUUUGGCCAAGGUGAUGUGUCAUCCAUGAUAGUUCAAAGUCAUUCUACCUCAGAGGCCACCAAGCCAGUUCCGGAGGAUGAAAAAGAGAAAGUGACAGAUGAAAGCUCCUGCGUGGGGGCAAUUAGCGAUGACUCUGACAUUGUGACACUCGAGACGCCGAAAGUAGAAGAAAUUGGAAGCCCAGAAGAAGCUGAAUCUGUGCCUGUUGAUGAGGCCGUUCCUGCCCCUGAAGAUUUUAACAUGGGCUCCUCUUCAAGCAGCCAGUACACCUUCUGCCAGCCAGAAACAGUCUUUCUGCCUCGUCCCAGUGGCGAAGAAUCAAGCAGCGACGAAACCAGCAAUCGUUCCAGCCCCACCCUGAGGCGACGACGGGCGAAGAAGAAGUUGGUCUCAAGUUCUGAAUCAGAGGAUGUGCCACCUCUCGAACAGGAGACUGAACAGGCCAAAGAGCAUUCGCACGAACGUCAGUUCAGUAGUGGCCUUAAUAGGUGCAUUAUCCUGGCAUUGGUGAUUGCAGUCAGCAUGGGCUUCGGGCAUUUUUAUGGUACUGUUCAGAUCCAAAAACGCCAGCAAUUGGUUGAGAAAACUCAUGAAGACGAACUGAAUGGUAUAAAGGAUAAUCUUAUUCAGUGCCAACAAGAACAAGGCAUGAAAGCAGAAUGUAAGUCUCUAAAGGAAGGCCUUGAAACAUGCUUGCAUACAACAGAAGUGGAAAAGAAAUCCUUUGAAUCUCAGAAGCAUCACCUUGCUUCAGAAAACCAGCACCUGAGAGAAUCUCUAGAGAGGGAGGAAAAAGCUUUGGCAUUGCUGCAAGAAGAACUGAGGAAGCUGAGAGAGCAGAUUCGGCACCUGGAGAACAAAGGUUCUGGCCCAGAGUUGGUUGCCACCGAGAAUCAGAAGCUGAAAGCCCACCUGGAAGAGGAAAGGCACCGCAUGCAGAGUUUUGUGAAGCAAAAGGAGACUCUGUUGGCAGAGGCCCAGAUGCUGCGAAGGGAACUGGACAAAGAGCGGCAGCUGACGGUGGCUCUCAGGGAAGAACUGGACAAGUUAAGUUCUCAGCAGGCGCCUCCUGAGGGGGCGGGUGCUGGCGAAGAGAGCCAAGAAAUAGAAGCUUUGCGGGGAAGGCUGACUGAGCUGGAGCAGAAGCUCAGCUUUGAGCAGCAGCGUUCUGACUUGUGGGAAAAGCUGUAUGUUGAAGUCAAGGACCACGCUGAGAAGAAAGAGCAGACCGAGAGGCCACAGAAGCCAGAUGGGAAAGGAACCAACAAAGCCAAAAAGAAGCCAAAAGGAACAUUUUUUGGUUCUGUGAAAGACACCUUUGACGCCAUGAAAAAUUCAACCAAGGAAUUUGUAAGGCAUCACAAAGAAAAAAUUAAACAGGCCAAAGAAGCCGUGAAAGAGAACUUGAGGAAAUUCUCCGAUUCUGUGAAGUCCACCUUCAGGCACUUUAAGGACACAACAAAGAAUAUAUUUGAUGAGAAGGAGAAGAAAAAGUACAGUGACAGCAGGCAUGAGGCGAACAGAAAAGGGAAAACAGGCAGCUCCCAGGAAGGGUUACACAAGCAGGCGGCCCACCGCUCACCUGGCAGCCAGAGAGAGUUUAGAGAUGGAAAGCGAUCCAAAGAGAGCCGCUCCCCUCCGCACUUCUCCAAGGACCCUCCCUUCCAGGAAUGCCCCAAAGGUAACAGAAAGCACCGCCCUCUUGUUCUCAAGGGAUGUUCAGGCAUCUUUGACUGUGCCCACCAGGAGUUUUUAAACCUCUUCGACAAAGACUUGGACCCGAUUCGGGCAGAUGAAUUUAAUCAAUUAAUGCACAAAUAUUUGCAGCAAGAAGUAAAGAACUUCCACCACUGGCGAGAACUGGAGAUCUUUGUGAAUAGGUUUUUCCGUAAUGGCGUCUUUAUACAUGAUCAGAUGCUGUUCACGGACUUUGUUAAUGACGUUAAGGAUUACCUUGAAGACAUAAAAGAAUACCAGAGGAACAGGGAUGGUGUAUUUGAAGACCUGGAUAAAUAUAUCUACCGAUACUACUUUCAUUAUGAUCACUUGCCUCAGCACGGACCAAGCCACCCUGCUAGGCGGGCUCCUUUCACGCACCCUCAUAGUCCACAGCAGGACAGACAUGCUGCAAAGCACCAGCAUCGCUACAAAAGAGAAGGCCGGUGGCACAAGCAAGGGCGCAGCAACGGAAGACACAUGGCAAAUUUGGAGAUCGAAUUGGGCCAGAUGCCCUUUGAUCCAAAGUAUUAAACAGCUGUUGUCCGAUGGAACCCAGCGGGAUGGUAAAAAUAGUGGACGAGUGGCUAUUUCUGCAGCUGGCUGAAUCAGCAGAGCAAUCGAGGGCACGUUUCCCCUUUCCUAAUGACACUCCCUCUCCCCUGCAAAGAUCAGCCCAGAUUCUCCAUCUUUCUCCUUUCCUUUCAGCCUUCUUGGGAAACAUUAAUUUGGGUGCAGUCCUAAUAUUGCAAUAAAUUAAGCAGGGUAAGCAGUAGCUUGUGUGUGUUUGCAAAAUAAGCUUCUUUGCACUGGUUGGUACUAGAAUUCAUACUGGUUGGUACUAGAAUUCAUACUUGAUUCAGACUUAAUGUUAGAGUAAUAUUAUGAUGUACUAAUUUCAUCUCAUACUGUUCAGAAGCAUGUCUGUUUUACAACUGUCUAUUUGUUCUUGUGAUGGGGUUGGAACCUGUCGACUUCAUGUGUGUGCUAUUUUCCGAUCAGCUUGCUGACUUGCAUUUGAAAUUUCUUGUGCAUCUGCAGAUUGUAGAAGAAAAAUAAAGAUGUGGUUGGAAAAAGUUA